CAGAGAUUUCUUCCUCUCUACUUUUUCGCCACCAUCUCUCUCUCUUUUUCUCUGAGUUCCGACUAUGUCCGGUGAAAACUGGAUUCGAGUGGCCAUGUCUGACGAUUCCUUGGUGGCGGAGGCGCUUCUUCGGCUCCGCCACUCCGAACCCAAGAAGAGCGUCGUCGCGUCUCCUCUCAAGCUGAAAUGGAGCGUGCGUCAACGGAGAUCGAAGAAAGGAGACCAGACGCGAGCCAGCCCCACCACACCGCUUUCCUGGAGCGGUGCCACCUCUCUUAGCGGCGGAGGCGGCAGCGGUGGAAGCGGCGGCGGUGCUACCACGGUGGAAGGCCUUGAGGAGUCUAGCGCCGCCGUAAAACCCUUUGAGCCCUUUAGAUCUAAGAUUUCUCAAACGAGUGCAAUAACAUCAACAACAACCCUUUUCAAGAGAUCAAGAAAGAAAAAGACUUUGGCUGAGCUUAAAGAAGAAGAGAUCAUGCUCUUGAAGGAGAGUAACGGCCUGAAAAAUGAAUUGGCAAGUAUGCGCGAUUUGGUCGAGCAACAAAGAGCAAGAAACAAUGCUCUUAAGAAGAUGAAGGCUGAAUCACAAUCUGCCUUAUCUUGCAAACAGGCUUUCGAAAAAGGUUCCUCCUUCAUGCUCCCUGAUCUAAACAUGCCUCUAGAUAACGACCCGAGCCCUGAGGUUGUCUGCUGAAGGGGCGAGCCAUAAGCAUAUCAUUCUU